AUGGCUCCGUUGCACAUCUUUAGCAUUUUGUUAAUGCUUAUUAUGAUGAGCAUGCAGGCCUUGUGCAGCGUCUCGUUUGAUCGCGGCUUCUGCGCUACACCUGCGCCCAACGAAAAUUUGAAAGCGGAGUAUAGGAGGAUGAGAGCUUCUGAACCAAAAAUCAGUUCUGGCUCUAACUAUGAAGCCCGAGAGGCUAUAAAACCCAUUGAAAUAGAGACAUGGUUUCAUGUUGUGAGCAGCCAGGAGGCGGCCAACUCGGUUUCAGACCAGAUGAUAGCCUCUCAGUUGAUCUAUCUACAAGAGGCAUAUAAAAAUGCAACUAUAUCUUACCGACUGAAAGGCAUUACUCGCCAUGUGAAUGACACAUGGGCUCACAAUCAAGAUGAAAUCGCCAUGAAGAAAGCUCUGCGCAAAGGGAGUUACAGCACCCUUAAUGUUUACUUUCAGACAGAUCUCGAGGUGUCAUCAGCUGGAAGUGCCCGGGUGUCGCAUGACGGAGUUGCUCGACAGAUGGAUGCUCUAUCGUCUAGCGUACUCGGAUUCUGCACUUUGCCUGAUCCAAGCAUAAAUGCAAGUAGUCCACGCUCCACUUACCUCAAUGACGGUUGCAACGUGCUGGCCAAGACCAUGCCUGGAGGUUCGCUGCAGCAUUAUAACCGAGGAGGGACUGCCGUCCACGAGAUUGGGCACUGGAACGGGCUCCUCCACACAUUUGAGGGAGACACUUGCUCCUCCAGUAGCGAGGGUGACUAUAUAGACGACACCCCGCAGCAGUCUGAACCAACGAACGGAUGCCCGGCUCAAAAAGAUUCCUGCCCAGACCUUCCUGGUCUCGACGCCAUUCAUAACUUCAUGGACUAUUCAUCAGAUGAGUGUUACGAGAAUUUCACACCAGAUCAAGUUCAGAGGAUGAGAAGCAUGUGGUCCACCAUGAGGGCAGGGAAGUGA